CAUUUCCAUAACUUGAUAGAAACAAGUCGGAUUAGUCAAAAAGUGAGGCACAGUCAGUGAGGCACGUUUAAAUUAUUUCUGAUUAUUGAUUGCUUCCCCUCACCCCUCACCACGUCGUCCUUUUGAAUCCUUGGCUGUUUGCUGCGGAUAUUUACGCAACUCGAGUGACGGCUUCUCCAAUUCAUUUUCGUCUUCGUCAAUUGACAUUCUGGUUAUUAUUCUCAUUUCAUAUCUGGAAGAUAGUAUAGGUAUAGCUGAUUAAAAAUGAGCACUACUGGAAAGACAAUCACCUGCAAGGCUGCUGUCGCCUGGGCUGCUGGCCAACCCCUCUCCAUCGAGAGCGUCGAGGUCGCACCGCCCAAAGCCCACGAAGUGCGGAUCAAAGUCUUGCACACUGGUGUUUGCCAUACGGAUGCAUACACUUUAUCCGGCAAAGACCCUGAAGGUGCCUUCCCUGUUGUUCUUGGUCAUGAGGGUGCCGGUGUUGUCGAGUCGAUCGGGGAGGGUGUGACGAAUGUCGCUGUUGGUGAUUAUGUUGUUGCGCUAUACACCCCUGAAUGCGGUACAUGCAAGUUCUGCAAAUCUAACAAGACGAACCUGUGUGGAAGGAUCCGCGCCACACAGGGCCAGGGCGUGAUGCCUGAUGGUACAUCGCGCUUCAAAGCCCGAGGAAAGGAUCUACUUCACUUCAUGGGCUGCUCGACCUUUUCGCAGUACACCGUUGUCGCGGAUAUCUCCGUGGUGGCUGUGACCAAGGCCUGUCCGACUGAUCGAUCUUGUCUGCUGGGCUGCGGCAUCACGACCGGCUACGGCGCAGCGACAGUAACAGCCAAGAUCGAAGAAGGAUCCAAUGUCGCCAUCUUUGGUGCAGGCUGUGUUGGUCUGUCCAUUGUGCAAGGAGCAGUGAAGAACAAAGCAGGAAAGAUUAUCGUAAUCGACAUCAACGACGACAAGGAGGCAUGGGCGUACAAAUUCGGCGCGACGCAUUUCAUCAAUCCCACCAAGCUCAGUAGCCGGAAGAGUGUCCAGGACCAUCUAAUUGACAUGACUGAUGGAGGAUGUGACUAUACAUUCGACUGCACGGGCAAUGUGACAGUGAUGCGGGUAGCCCUGGAAGCAUGCCACAAAGGAUGGGGAGAGAGUAUAGUCAUCGGUGUUGCUGCAGCUGGUCAGGAAAUCCAAACCAGACCAUUUCAACUUGUCACCGGACGGGUGUGGAGAGGCUGUGCGUUUGGAGGUGUCAAGGGUCGAUCCCAACUUCCCGGUCUUGUCGAUGAUUAUCUCAAGGGCGACUUGAAGGUGGACGAGUUUAUCACUCAUCGGGAAAGUCUGGAUAAUAUCAACCGGGCGUUUGAUCAGAUGAAGCGGGGUGACUGUAUUCGGUGCGUUCAACAAUGGCACAAUCAUUCUAGAAUCAGCCUUGGAGAUGACCCCUCAUGCGGAGAUACCAUAUACUUAUAUAUCUCGUUCUUCAUUCUCAUCACCAUCAUCAUCAAUCAUCAAUCAUUCUCUACAUCUGAAUCAAUCUAUCUCAUAUCUACUCCGUCAAUUGACAUCAAAAUGCCCUCCAUCCACCCCUCCAUCGACAAUGGCCUCAAAAAAGGCAUCCCCAACUUCUCCGGCGGCUCCCUCCACUGCCACUGCCCCUCCGACAAAGUCACCGUCACGCUUUCCAGCAACGUCGCCCACAACCACGCCUGCGGAUGCUCCAAAUGCUGGAAACCCAAGGGCUCGCUCUUCUCCCUCGUUGGCGUCGUGCCCCGCGACAACCUCUCCGUAACCGCCAACGGCGACAAGCUCUUCAUUGUCGACGAGAACGCCGCUAUCCAGCGCCACGCCUGCAAGGGGUGCGGGGUGCACAUGUUUGGGCGCAUCGAAAAGGAACACCCAUUCAAGGGAUUGGACUUUGUGCAUGUUGAGCUGUCCGAUGAGAGCGGCUGGCAGGAGCCGCAGUUUGCUGGGUUUGUGUCGUCGAUUAUUGAGCAGGGAUUCGAGCCGAGUGGGAUGGGUGAGGUGAGGGGGAAGUUUCAGAGUGUUGGGUUGGCGACGUAUGAUGCGCUUUCGCCGGCGCUGAUGGAUUUGAUUGCUACGUUCACUGCGCAGAAGGCGGGGGUGCGGUUUGCUAAUUUGUGA